CCCCCACUGCUCACAUCACCACCUCACAUAUCUGCAUUUUACUACAAACACACAAUCAACCUCAGUGCUCAAAGAGAAAUGGAAAAGCCUGGAUUCCUUGCAUAUGCUGUCAUCUUUCUCCUGGCUCUACUCUUCUACAUCUUAAGAAGAGAGAAGAGAGAACCCAAGCACAGAGCUAAGCUUCCUCCGGGUUCAAUGGGUUGGCCUUAUAUAGGAGAGACUCUGCAACUCUACUCUCAAGACCCUAGUGUCUUUUUUGCUGCCAAACAGAAAAGGUACGGAGAGAUUUUCAAGACCCAUAUACUUGGCUGCCCUUGUGUUAUGCUGGCUAGCCCUGAAGCCGCUCGGUUUGUGCUAGUGACACAAGCUCAUUUGUUCAAGCCCACAUACCCCAAAAGUAAGGAACGGUUGAUUGGACCAUCUGCCUUAUUUUUCCACCAAGGAGAUUACCAUAAUCGGCUGAGGAAGCUGGUUCAAGGCUCCUUGUCUCCUGAAGCCAUUAGGAACUUGGUGGCCGAUAUUGAAGCCCUAGCCGUCUCUGCCUUGGACUCGUGGGCGGGGGGCCAUGUUUUUAACACCUUCCAUGAAAUAAAAAAGUUCUCUUUUGAAGUCGGCAUACUUGCAAUUUUCGGCCGUUUGGAGGCCCGCUACAGAGAAGAGCUAAAGAAGAACUAUUGCAUAGUUGAUAGAGGUUAUAAUUCCUUCCCCACAAACAUCCCAGGGACUCCGUACAAAAAGGCACUAUGGGCAAGGAAAAGGCUAAGCAAAAUCCUAAGCGAGCUUAUUGGUGAGAGAAAGGAGAAGAGGUUAGCCGACAAGGAUCUCUUGGGUAGUCUAUUGAACUCUAAAGAUGAAAAGGGUGAAACCCUGACCAAUGACCAAAUCGCAGACAACAUCAUCGGAGUGCUGUUUGCUGCUCAAGACACCACAGCCAGUGUCAUGACAUGGAUUCUCAAGUACCUCCAUGAUGAUCCGAAACUUCUAGAGGCUGUAAAGGCUGAACAGAAAGCAAUCAAUAAAUCUAAUGAGGAAGGUAACCGGCCAUUGACAUGGAGUCAGACCAGAAACAUGCCAGUUACUCACAAGGUCAUAUUAGAGAGCUUGAGAAUGGCAAGCAUCAUAUCUUUCACUUUCAGAGAAGCAGUGGCUGAUGUGGAAUUCAAGGGAUACCUUAUCCCAAAAGGUUGGAAAGUAAUGCCACUCUUCAGGAACAUUCAUCACGAUCCAAAGUUCUUUCCUGACCCUCAGAAGUUUGAUCCUUCUAGAUUUGAGGUUGCGCCAAAACCAAAUACAUUUGUGCCAUUUGGCAAUGGAGUACACGCCUGCCCCGGAAACGAGCUUGCCAAGCUGGAGAUGCUUAUUAUGACCCACCACCUAGUGACCAAAUUCAGGUGGGAAGUUGCGGGAUUCCAAAGCGGGAUUCAGUAUGGGCCAUUCCCAGUCCCUGUGAAUGGACUUCCAGCCAGAUUGUGGAAACAAUCUACCACCUAAAAGCAGCCUAUGAUUAUCGCGCAUGCCACCUCCCUUCCCCUGACUUCGUUUUCAUUCUUACCCACUUCUUUUUUGGCCGGGCGCUUUCGAUUGUUGCACUCUCUAUACCCAAAAACUCAUCUGGGUUGGAGACAUGUCCUUUUUAUCCCUACUUUGAUUUUGUAUGACUAGCAUUUUCAUUGAUAUAUAUUAUAAUGAUAAUGAUGAUGAUAAUGAUGACAAA